UCCCACCUGUGAUGCUUAGAGAGAAACCAUGAGCCCUGAAAAACACCUUAUUGUUUUGUGAUGUCACCUCUGGAAUGUUCUGAGUGUUUUGGUGACCAACUUCUGCAUAGGACCUAUACCUGGCACCUGACAUUGCACUCGAGGCCAAAUUUUACAAGAAAAAGAGAUACCAGAUCUGAAAGCCUAGAAAUUCCAAUCAAUGUGGUUCUACCUCAGAGGGGCAUAGCUGAGCCCUUCCUGAGGCUGCACAACCUAUAUUCCACCCCUCGCUGCGCGAGGCAGGCCACCCUGCCCCGGCUGAGCCGCAGGAUCGUCAGCCAGCACUCGUACCCGCUGAACCGCUUCUCCUCCGUGCCCCUGGACCCCAUGGAGCGCCCCACCUCGCAGGCCGACCUCGACCUGGACUACAACCCUCCGCGAGUGCAGCUCAGCGACGAGAUGUUCGUGUUCCAGGACGGGCGCUGGGUGAACGAGAACUGCCGCCUGCAGUCGCCUUGUUUCUCGCCCUCGCCCUCCUUCCAUCACAAGCUGCACCACAAGAGGCUGGCCAAGGAGUGCCUGCUGCAGGAGGAGAACAAGUCUCUCCGGGAGGAGAACAAGUCUCUGAGGGAGGAGAACAAGGCCCUCCGCAAGGAGAACAAGAUCCUGCAGGUGUUCUGGGAGGAGCACAGGGCCACGCAGGGCCCGGAGGAGAGCCGGGCUCCGUCGCCGCUGCUGCACAAGGACAACGGGUCCCCGGAGGCGGUGAAGAAGGACACCGUGGCCCUGCAGGUGCACCGUGGCAAGGAGAACAGCAGCCUGCAGCUCCUCCGGGAGGAGAACCGUGCACUGCAGCAGCUGCUGGAGCAGAGACAGACCUACUGGGCCCAGGCGGAGGACAAGGCCGUCCCCACGGAUGAAAGCAAGCAGCCCCCCUCUCCCCACGAGGAGCCCCACAGCCCCGGGCUGCUGCCCGACCAGUGCUCGGGCCUCUCCUCCUCCUUCGAGGACCCCAAAGGGCCCCUGAGCCCGCAGGAGGACUCCAAGACGCUGCGCGCCCUGCGGGAGAUGGUCAGCAACCUGUCCGGCCCUUCCGCGGAGGAGGAGGGCAAGGCGGGCCCCGGCCUGCCCGACGGCGGCCCGUCCCUGCAGCUGCUGAGGGAGAUGAACCAGGCGCUGCAGGCCCUGCGCGAGGAGAACCGGCUCCUGCAGGAGGAGAACAGGGCCCUGCACGUGCUGCGGGAGGAGCAUCGCCUCUUCCAAGAGGAGAACAAGGCCCUGUGGGAGAACAACAAGCUGAAGCUGCAGCAGAAGCUGGUCAUCGACACGGUGAACGAGGUCACCGCCCGCAUGGAGAUGCUCAUCGAGGAGCUGUACGCCUUCAUGCCGGCGGCCAAGAGCAAGGAGCCCAAGAAGCCCAGCAGGGUCUGAGGCCUCCGCGGCGAACCAGGACACCGGGUUUGGGGCACAGAACUGGGCGGAAGAGAACCCCCUGCCUUCCCUCCGUCUUCCUCGCCUUCCCUCCGGCUUCCUCGCCUUCACCCGCCAGCUCACGUGUGUUAAGAGCAGCGUUGUGGGCCUUCGUAAACCCAGACAAGUAAUAAAGGUGUGAAGAGGCUGGGGCCAGUCAACACCA